AUGGCUGCCGACAGUUUGACGAUUGAAACCUUUACCGAGUAUGCAUUGGGCAUGUGCUUUCUUCUGCUGCGACUCUAUGCUCGCGUUAAGUAUGUCGGCUUUCGAUCCUUGGGGCUGAGCGACGUCCUUGCGAUCUUGGCAAUGAUCUUCUGGACGAUGCAAACCGCAAUCAUCCACCUCCUCAAUAUUUUUGGAAACAAUAUCGGCCUCACCCAGGAGACCGCCAUGCAGGUCCCUGAGUCCAAGGUGCCUGACAUGAUCCUCGGGUCCAAGCUUGCGUUCAUGAACUGGAUGUGGUAUCUGUCUUACAUCUGGUGCCUCAAGGGUGUGCUUUUAUGCCUUUACCAUAAAAUGACCGAUGGGACCUCGUGGCAUCGUCUAGUCCACGCCGCUUCGAUCUUCUGCGUUAUCACCUGGCUGGCAUGCAUGUUGACGCAUAUCUGUGUCUGCACGCCCAUCCCCCGGAACUGGCAGAUUAAGCCCUACCCCGGAGACAACUGCACGCUCCGCAAGCCCAACUACGUCGUCAUCGCCGUCAUGAACGUUGCAUCCGACCUCGUCUGCCUCAUCAUCCCCAUCCCCGUCCUCGCCAAACUGCAGAUCCCCAUCGGCCGCAAACUCGUCCUCGUCGUCCUCUUCUCCUCCGGCCUCUUCAUCAUGAUCUGCACCAUCCUGCGAGCCUACUACUCUCUCAAAAGUAUCUCCACCCUCUCCAUCGCCCUCGGCUGGGCCGACCGCGAAUGCUUCGUCGCCGCCAUCGUCGCCUCCCUGCCCGGCAUCAAACCUCUAUUCCGCAACACCGGCUGGUUCGGGUCCACAAACCGCGGCAAGUCAGGCAAGCCGACGGGUGCGUAUGCGUCGUUCGGAUCGAAGUUUCCCGGCACGAACAAGACGUAUGUGUCGUCGUUCGGGAAGGAUACCGAUCGCUUUGAGUUGAUCGAGAGGCAGGAGAAGAGCCUUGCGACGAGGGGGUCCAGUCUUGGAGAGAGCGUCGAGCAGAUCCUUCCUCCUGGGGAAGUCCAGGAUACGAAUCGCAUUACUGUUACCAGGGAGUAUAUUCUUGAAGAGGAUCGCGCGAGUCCGACGCCUGGUCAUCGCUAG